AAUCGAAUUAUACAAAAUUUGCUGAAUUUUCUUAAUUUCUCUACUCCUGGAUAUAAUUAAUAGUGCACAAGCAGUGUCAGUGUUUUAAUCUGUCAUUGAAUAUCAGCAAUGCAGUGAUUUUACAGUUCAUUAGGUGUUAAUAAUAUUAAAUUCGGAAUUUAAAUUCUGAAUUUGUUUUCGGCCAGUCUCAUCAAUAUUUAUCCAAUCCUGGCACAGUUAGUGCCACUGCCCGAGCCGUCUUCACCGCAGCCAUAUCACCCAAAAUGACAAGCCGGCCAUUUAGGAGGAAGCCGUUCAAAAUCCUAAGCACAUACCUGAACACGUAAAUUGAACUCUGAUGCGUUAAUAUUAAAAACCAAAGUCCAUCAAGACUAAAUUAGUGAUAUUAGUGAAGUUCCUUAAUUUAUUGGUGAUAUUAGUUUUAAGCCAAUCCGGUGAUAUUGUGAUGAUGAUGAUGAAGUCGUUCAAGUGUUGUGUGAUGAAGACGUGGUGUUUGCUGGUGUUAGUGAGCGUCGUUGGAGGGGAUCGGAGUAAUCUACCUCCCACAUGUGAUAGUCUGAUCUACUGCCAUGGACCGCUGUUAGACACGGUCCAAAUGGCCGGCCUAUAUAACGACUCCAAGACCUUCGUGGACAUGAAGAUAAAGUUCUCCCCAAAUAUCACGAUGGAGCAUUUUAGACAGAUGAUGAACAGGACAGGUUCCCACCCGACAAAGGCUGAUAUCCUGGAGUUUGUGAAUGACAACUUCGAUCCAGAAGGUUCCGAGUUUGAGGACUGGAGACCUACAGACUGGAAGGAUAGCCCUGCAUUUCUUGAUAGAAUUAAGGAUCCACUACUUCACAAGUGGGCAUCAGAACUGAAUCGGCUAUGGCUGCAGCUCGGCCGAAAGAUGAAGGAUGAAGUCAAAGAAAACCAAGAGUUGUACUCGAUCAUAUACGUGGACAAUCCUGUUAUUGUGCCUGGUGGUCGUUUCCGUGAGUUCUACUAUUGGGACUCUUACUGGAUCAUCAAGGGUCUACUCCUAUCCGAGAUGAGAGCUACAGCCAGGGGAAUGGUGUCCAACUUCCUGGAUAUAGUCGACAGGAUCGGGUUUAUCCCCAACGGUGGCAGAAUAUAUUAUGCUAUGAGAUCUCAACCACCGCUUCUGAUACCAAUGAUGCAGUUAAUCAUGGAGGACUUUGAAGACGUGGAAUUCCUCAGGAGACACAUCCACACGCUGGAUAAAGAGUUCGAUUUCUGGAUCACCAACCACACGGUCGAGGUGGAACAUAACGGGCACACAUAUAAAUUGUCCAGGUUUAUCGACCAGUCGCAAGGGCCCCGACCGGAGAGUUACAAGGAAGACAUUGAUUGCGCUAAGCAUUUUGACACUUUCGACAAGAAAGAAGAAUUUUACGCUGAACUAAAAGCCGCUGCCGAGUCUGGAUGGGAUUUCUCGUCUAGGUGGUUCAUACUCAACGGAACUAAUAAAGGCAACCUGACAAACUUGAAGACCAGGUCCAUAGUGCCAGUUGAUUUGAACUCUAUAAUGUGCUGGAACGCCAAACUGCUGCAGGAGUUCCACAGCCGAGUUGGGAAUGUGGCCAAAGCGGAAUACUAUAGAGAGAUACACGCGAAAUAUAUGGAAGCUAUUGAUAAGGUUUUUUGGCACGAGGAAGUCGGUGCCUGGCUAGAUUUCAACUUGGAGUCGGGCAGACCUCGUGACUACUUCUACCCGAGUAACCUGGCACCGCUGUGGACUGGCAGUUACGAUAAAACGAGAAAAGAAUACUAUGUCAAUAGAGUCAUCAAUUAUUUAGAUAAAGUCAAGGUAGAUAUAUACGAAGGCGGGAUACCAGCGACGUUCGAGCACUCGGGCGAACAGUGGGACUACCCGAACGCGUGGCCGCCGCUACAGUACAUGGUAGUGAUGGGACUCGCGAACACCGGCCUACCGGACGCUAUGCGAUACGCCAACGAAAUAGCCACCAAGUGGGUCCGGUCCAACUUCGAAGUGUGGAAGGAGAAGACGGCCAUGUUGGAAAAGUACGAUGCCACUAUCUUCGGCGGGUUCGGAGGCGGUGGCGAGUACGUAGUCCAAACUGGUUUUGGAUGGACCAAUGGAGUCGUUAUGUCAAUGUUAAAUAGAUAUGGAGAGACGUUGUCGGCAGCGGACGAGUUCGGCACGAGCCCGGCCGACAAUGGCGCCAUCUAUGGUGCGCACGUGGGAGCCAGCGGGGUCGCUACGGCUAUUCUAGUCAUUGCGGCGUCCUUGGCAACUGGCGCUUUAGGACUCGUCAUGUACAGAAAACGGAAAGAGAAUAUUGUUGCUACUGGAGGAGAAGAUUUGAAACUUCUAUCCCGGAAGCCCUACACGGAACUACAGAGCCUCAAUGGGGCAUCGAUCCAGCGGCAACGGUAAACCCUCCCCGGCUUGAACACUUUGAAUAAACAUUUGAAAUAGAAUGUCCAACUACUAUUACAAUUUGUAUUAAAAAGUAUUAAUUUAUUUUGGUAGUUGUUCCGCUUUUUUGUUAUUAGACCACAGAGUUGAGUUUUGUAGAGUGACCAUUUGAUAUCGAACAAAUUUUUAUAUUUGAUAUUGAACAAGACAGCCCAAUGGAUUUUAACAUCAUAGAAUAUAUUAUACCGCCCACGUUACCAUGUGGCUUCAUAUGUUAUGUCACUGGCAUUAGAGAUUGCACUAUCAAUUUUCAGAUCUAAGCGUACACACGAAUUGUUUUUGUCGUCACAAUAAAAAUAGUGGUGACCCAAAAGAGUUACAGUUACCAUCAAUUAAUGUAAUGGUACGUUUAUUUAUAAAAACGUCAAACCACUCAUAAACCUAUUUUAGCUAUUGAACUGUUUUGUCUCUUUCUAGUUUUUCACUAAAUUCCCAACGGGAAAGAAAGUAACAAAACAGUGUAAUAGUAAAAAUAGAUUUGUAGGAGGUUUUAAUUUUUAUGAAUAAGGGGGUAAUGCAUAAGUUUUAAAACAGUGCACGGUUGCUAAAUGUAUUUGUUUUGUAACAUCACUAUUUAUAAUCUAUCUCUCAUUGUUGCAAUUAGGGAUAGCGAAUUAGUUCAUAAGGCGUCUCUAUUAAUUCAUCUCUGUGUCAUUAUAUACUAGUAUUACAAAUUUACUUCUUCCUUACAAUCAUUCAGUAGUUACCUGCUCCAUUUAUUUAGAAAAUAAAUGUUAUUGUUAAUACAUAAUAAAAUAAAAUUAAAAAUCGGACAUUUUAAUGUAUAAUGAAUUGUGAAAAAACGUUUUGACAUUAUAAAUGUGUAAAGGCAGAUUUACAAAAGGUCAGUACUGAAUUCUAGCUCGUAAGAAGUCAGUGCUGACUCGCCACUGCCAUAACCUAAAUUGUGACAGUACAGUACUUUCGCGUCAGUGGUGACUUACGCACCUAAAUUAGUAUACCAUUGUUGUCGUGACUACUAGCAUCAAUGAGCCAGUGUCAGUCAAUUUACUGACUUUAAACUCUAGAGAAGUCAAAUGCUGACACGGCACUACCAUUGUGUAAAUUGUAACAGUACUGGCGCGUCAGUGCUGACUUACGCUGUGAAUAACUCAAUGUAAAUUUGUCUUAUUUGUAUAGUACCUACCAGUUUUAUAUGUGCUGUGAAUGGCUAGCAUUGUAAAUAUAGACAUAAGGUUUUAAUUGUAUAUUUUUAAUUUAUAAAUGUAGUUUAAAAGAAAUAAUAUUUAGUGAUGUGACAUGGUCAGACAGGCUCUUUAAAUCCAUAUUUUUUAUUUUCUUUUAUUUUGAACGAUCUAAUGAUAUAUAUAUAUAUAUAUAUAUAUAUAUAUAUAUAUAUAUAUAUAUAUAUAUAUAUAUAUAUUUCUUUUACAUUGUAAGUUCCAUGUCUUUAAAUUUUUUUACAUGAACAUUAUGGCAAAUAAAAAUACUAUCAAUUACAUUUUAUUGACAAUUUAAUUACAAUACUCAUAAUAAAUCGUAUUAUUCAUAAAAAGUUGGAACUUGACCUUGACUUAUGUCAUUAUGUUAGUUAUUUUAAAUUAAAAUUAUUCUUAAAAAAAAAGAUAGGAAACCAAUAAAUCUAUUUUAGUAUAUAAGUUUUAUUAUAAUGAAAUUUCAAUAAUUAAAAUGAGUUAAUGAAAUGUCUAUUUGUGUCUAGUUCUAACACCUAGAUAGAGAGUGUCUCUCUACAAAUGAUUUGACAAAAUAGCCAACUUUCUACUUAGUCAUUACUUAGUUUUUAAUUUCUACUUAGCUAACUUAGCCAACUGUUCAUAUAGUUGUCUUGAUUUUUUUUUAAUGUUUCUUGACGCUCGACACUAUCGUAUUUAUUUGUGUUGUAACUUUUUAAAUUAAACUUCAUUAUUUAUUUAUUUAAACUACUUUAUUUACCAAAUAAAAAUAUGGUACAAAAGUCGGAAUUAAUGCUAUUAGCGUCCUCUACCAGUCAACCUUUGAAAUACAGUGAAUCACGAACUCAGUACUUCAUAAUAUUGACUAUUUUAUGUUAUUUUAAAUAAUAUAAUCAAUAUAUAUAUAUAUAUAUAUAUAUAUAUAUAUAUAUAUAUAUAUAUAUAUAUAUAUAUAUAUAUAUAUAUAUAUAUAUAUAUAUGUGCCAGAGUCUGUAAUUAUUUUUGUCACAUCACUAUAGUUGGAAGUUAUUAGCUCACUAUGCUUAUUAGUUCAUUACAUUUAUUCGUUCAUGAACUGAUCAUUUAUAAGUAGACCAUUUUUAUUGACCAUAUCAAUUAUUUUUAUAAAUUAAAAUAGUGAAAAAGCAAAUAGUUAUAUUAAAUCAAUAUUAAAUGUUGUUAUUAUUAUAUAAUAAUAAUUCAACGCUAUUAUAUAAAAACAAAAUAUAUUGUAUGAAUGUAUUUAUUUGUCUGUAUAAGUUUUUAAACAAUUCUAAACUUUAUUUUCUAUGGUAUAAAGUGCAAUGUUAAAUGCUCAAUGUUUUAAUUAUUUCUAUAAAGCAAUAUAAUGUAUACCGUGUAUAUGUCAUUUUGGAAUCACAUUUCUUAUAUUUUAGUCGUCUUCUUUAUAAAGCUCUCGUAUAUAACACAGCUUAUUAAAUAUUGAAAUAAUUAUUUAUUUAUUUUAAUCAAUUAAAUGUAAAUAAUUAAGUUUUAACUUAUUAAUUUAUAUUUAUAAAGAUUAAUAAUUUAAAAGUUAAUUACAAAUUCGUGAGAACUCAAAUAUUUCAAUUGGGUUUCAAUUAGUAAGCUAUAUAUAAUUUGAUAUAGAUUGAUUUAUUGUUAAUGUCUAUCACCAAAAAAAAAAUUGUUUUUCUCUAUUACUUUGUAUAGGUGAGAUUAACAAAAGUCGCAAACAUUUAAACUAACUAUUAUUCUACUAUCACUACUCAUUUAAGUGACGUACUAGACAAACGAUAGUGCCAUUUCUUUAUUACUUAAUAAAAAUGCGAUAAUAAAACUAUAUAUCUAUAUUUUAUGUAGAUUUUUUAAUAUGGGAUUAAUUAAUUCAUCUCUACACAUAUACGAGUAUAUACCAUAUAGUCUAUGAACAAUUUUUGUAAAAUUUAAUUCUUACUAAAAGUAUUAUUAGAUUAGUUUUAGUGUUAGACUAAGUAGCCAAUUUGUAAUUUCGAUAUUAGAAAUAUAUAAUUUUUGCAUUUAUUUAAAAAAAAAAAGUGUGUGAUUUCAAAAUGCUAUACAUUUUAUUAACUAAAUAAUGAAAACUGUCAUCAAUAUCGUCGAGCUUGAUUCUUUUUAUAAGUGUAUCACAAAAGACGUGACUAUUGUAUCGCAUUCGACACAUUGUAAUAACGUCAAAUAUAAAAUACUUGUUGUAAUUAAAAUAAAAAAUUAUUUGACAUAAAA